AUGUUCACACAGACCAAUUACCCCCAGCACCUAUACCGCAAGGAGCUAAGCUGCCAUAAUGCCACUCUCGAAGAAUACGCUGAAGAAAUCGUGGACGAGUUGAAAUCAGCUUCUCAAAAUUGCAAAAAUCCCCCCCGGACUCAUUUGUUCCAACAGCAGCCAUAUCUUACAUUUGCAAUCCGAUGCAAGCUCGUUGACUUUUGCAUGAAGAUGGGCGUACGGUUGAAGAUUAUCCCGUUUGUUAUAUGUAAAGCAGUUACACUUUUCGACCGGUAUUGCUCCACCAGAAUAGUUCUCUUGGACCAAGCUCAGCUUAUAAUCACCACCUGUCUCUGGAUAGCCGCCAAGGUCCAAGGCGGAAAUAAUCACUUCAUCAAUGUUCAAAAUGCUGAAAAGUUCCCCGACGCAAAAACUAUCAACGACUUAGGAUAUGGAGCUGGAGGAAGGUAUAUUGGCCCCACACAAAGAUAUCGUAUUCCCAAACUUAAUGAGCUCGUGAAACUCUGCGGAGCCAAAUGCAAAUACGACGAGGGAAUGUUCCGGCAAAUGGAACUCCAUAUUCUUCUGACGUUGGACUGGCAGGUUAACGAUACCAAUAUCGAAGACUAUUUGAUUCAAUCGAAGGAAUUGGACUGUACCCAAUACAUCGAGCUGUUCAAAGUGAAAGAGUUUGUGGCGUAUUGCAAGCUCUUCUCAGCAGAUCUUCUCGAAGUGGAUUACAGCAAGUUUGCAUGUGUUUCUCUCGAUGUGAUCAACGAAUUUGGUCUGCUCGAAAGAACUCAAACACCCAACAUUUGCAUCGAAAAAUUGGAUGUCGAACAGUACAAACACAUCAAAAAGCAUAUAAUCAAGUCCAUCGUGCUGGCGCCGGAUUUCCUUCUUGGUCAAUUUCCCAUGCAAGGACCACAAAUGUUGUACACCAAUUUGGUGUCCAAUUGUAGACACCCAUACAACCCCCGAAAAGUGCCCAAAAUCUUCAAUUCCAUCCCUGCUCCCCAUAACUUGCCCGACUAUACCCUUCCCAUAGAUACAAAUUACAGCAUCAAAAGACCAGCCAAAGAACAAGCCCAAUCUCUUGGAAAUAAACCAUUGUUGUUCAUUCGGCUGGAAAUCCAACAAAAGUCAGCAAGCCAAACCAGCAUCGUUUCGACAUCGUCCCGCGACGAUACUUAUACUUCUAUUUUUGACCCUGACUCUCGUGGAGUUGGGGCUCAUACCCCAGUCACAGAUGAGGAAAGUCCACUUCUUCAGUCAAAAUCUCGCACUUUAUCCCAGAUACUUUAG